AUGACAGAUACUGACAUGAACAAGCUGUCGGUGUUCCACACUAAAAAUCUCCAGAGAAUUCUGAGAAUCUUUUGGCCUAACACCAUCUCAAACCAACAGCUGCUUGCCCGAUGUAGUCAAGACAACAUGGAGACUAUCAUCAUGCGAAGGCGAUGGAGAUGGAUAGGGUGUGUCAUGAGGAAAGAUCAGGACAACAUCACCGGCACAGCCCUUCACUGGACACCAGAGGGGAAGCGCAAAAGAGGCAGACCAAGAAAAACCUGGCGCCGAACUGUAGAGACAGAGCUCAAGACAAUGGAACAGAGUUGGGGUACCAUCCAGAGGCUGACCCAGAACCGGCAGACGUGGCGAUCCUUCGUAGCCGCCCUACAUGCCACAUGGCAUAACGGGCAUGAUGUGGAACCCGGAUAUGUGAAAAUAUUCUAUUAUUAUGUCACUGCUAACGAAAUCAAGAAAAAAUGCCCAACGCCAGCCGAUUUGAUCUUGCGAGUUGGACACGAGGUGUUCUCUCCGUAGCGACUGAUGUGUGUACUUCUGACCCUGAUUUUGGGAAAUGCGCCGUUACUUGGAUACCGAAUUAAUCAAUCGUUAUUGGUGACAUUUUCUAAGUUCAAGGAAUGGAGAACUCGUCCUUCACGAUGUUGUCAUUGCAGAACUGUCCCAUGUCAGACCAAACGGAGAUCACUGUGGAAACCCUCCGGAUCUCGUAAGAAGGACAAAGCUAACUUCGUCGAACGAGCAAAAGCCAUGAAAUUGUUCAACUAUGGACUCGAGUUAUCCGUGGUGCUGACUAAGGAUCUGCCCCAGGAUAACCUCUACUGGGAAAGAAAAUUCUGCCACAAGUUUGAAGAGAAGCACAUGGUGCUGCUUCCUCUUUGUAUCCAGCGACAGAUCAACUAUUGGUAUCCAGUUCCUCGUUAG